UGGGGUGUACCGUUAUCGGUCACACACGCAAACCGGGAAAACUGAAACCAGAUAAGACUGACACUCCAUUCUAGACUCAGCAUCCCCGAACUCCAGGUCUUCAAAUCCAACCUCUACUCCUUCACGUCUUUGCCUAAUUUGUUUGGCGAACCACAGAGAUUUGCAGAGCCGGAGACAAUGGUGGCCGUGAUCACUCAGGACGACUUUAACAGCAACAACAAGCAACCUCUUGUCUUUGCUUACUAUGUCACAGGCCAUGGAUUCGGACAUGCUACUCGUGUUGUCGAGGUUGCUCGGAAUCUCAUUCUGGCUGGACAUGAUGUUCAUGUGAUUACCGGUGCACCGGAUUUUGUUUUCACAUCAGAGAUAAAAUCUCCCAGACUUUUCCUUCGCAAGGUACUGCUAGAUUGUGGAGCAGUUCAAGCGGAUGCUUUGACAGUGGAUCGACUAGCCUCAUUGGAAAAAUAUUCUGAGACUGCUGUUGUACCGCGUGCAUCGAUUUUGUCUACAGAAGUGGAAUGGCUGAAAUCCAUCAAUGCAGACUUAGUGGUAUCAGAUGUUGUUCCAGUGGCUUGCCGGGCAGCAGCUGAUGCUGGGAUUCCUUCAGUCUGUGUUACCAACUUCAGUUGGGACUUCAUCUAUGCAGAGUAUGUCAUGGCUGCGGGAAAUCAUCACCGGUCAAUUGUUUGGCAGAUUGCUGAGGAUUAUUCUCAUUGCGAAUUCCUUAUCAGGCUCCCAGGGUUCUGCCCAAUGCCUGCUUUCCGGGAUGUAAUUGAUGUACCUCUAGUUGUCCGGAGACUGCACAAAUCUCGUGAAGAGGUAAGGAGAGAACGGGGAAUUGGAGAGGAAGUUAAGGUUGUAAUUCUCAAUUUCGGUGGGCAGCCCGCAGGUUGGAAGUUGAAAGAGGAGUACUUACCUUCUGGUUGGCUCUGCCUGGUCUGUGGUGCUUCUGAUAGUCAGCAGUUACCUCCAAACUUUAUAAAGCUUGCAAAAGAUGCUUACACUCCUGACCUUAUGGCAGCAUCUGACUGUAUGCUAGGAAAAAUCGGGUAUGGUACUGUCAGUGAGGCCCUUGCAUACAAGCUACCGUUUGUCUUUGUGCGCAGAGACUACUUUAAUGAAGAACCUUUUCUGAGAAAUAUGCUCGAGAACUAUCAAAGUGGCGUCGAGAUGAUCAGAAGGGAUUUGCUUACUGGGCACUGGAGGCCUUACCUCGAACGUGCAAUUAGCCUGACACCAUGCUAUGAGGGAGGCACUAAUGGUGGUGAGGUUGCAGCUAAUGUUUUGCAGGAUACGGCUUUGGGCAAAAACUAUACAUUGGACAAGCUAAGUGGGCCAAGGAGACUGCGAGAUGCUAUAAUUCUGGGUUAUCAACUGCAAAGAGUACCUGGAAGAGAUCUUUUGGUACCAGAUUGGUAUGCUAAUGCUGAAAAUGAGCUUUGCCUUCGUCUUGGAUCACCUCCUGUAACAGAGGAAGGUACUUUUUUAACAACCAUAGACUCUGAGAACUUUGAAAUUCUACAUGGCGAUUUUCAAGGCCUGUCUGAUACAACAAGCUUCUUGAAUAACUUGGGAAAGUUGACGUAUGAUACUCCACAAAGUAAUGAGAAGCACCAGAAGCGGGAGCAAAAAGCUGCUGCUGGUCUCUUCAACUGGGAGGAAGAUAUUUUUGUUGCUAGGGCACCUGGAAGGCUAGAUGUCAUGGGAGGAAUUGCUGACUAUUCUGGGAGUCUUGUUUUGCAGUUACCUAUUAAAGAGGCAUGCCAUGUCGCUGUGCAAACAGUUCAUCCAAGUAAACAGAAGCUAUGGAAGCAUGCUCAAGCUCGACAACAUGCCAAAGGACCCAGAUUGACUCCAGUUCUUCAAAUUGUAUCAUAUGGGUCAGAAUUAAGCAACCGUGGCCCCACCUUUGACAUGGAUCUAUCUGAUUUUGUGGACGGGGAAGAACCAAUGUCGUAUGAAAGGGCAAGGGAGUACUUUUCACGAGAUCCAUCCCAAAGAUGGGCUGCAUAUGUGGCAGGAACAAUUCUAGUUUUGAUGAAAGAACUGGGAAUCCGCUUCGAAAACAGUAUCAGCAUGCUAGUCUCUUCAGCUGUCCCAGAAGGGAAAGGCGUGUCUUCCUCAGCAUCUGUGGAGGUUGCUAGCAUGUCUGCAAUUGCUGCGGCUCAUGGAUUGAAAAUCAGCCCAAGGGAACUUGCUUUACUUUGUCAAAAGGUAGAGAACCAUGUUGUUGGAGCUCCAUGUGGUGUAAUGGACCAGAUGACUUCUGCAUGUGGCGAAGCAAAUAAACUUCUUGCCAUGAUUUGCCAGCCUGCUGAGGUGUUGGGUCUCGUGGAUAUUCCUGACCAUAUUAGAUUUUGGGGAAUAGAUUCUGGGAUAAAACAUAGUGUUGGAGGUGCAGAUUAUAAAUCUGUAAGGGUUGGAGCAUUUAUGGGCCGAGAGAUUAUCAAAUCUAUUGCAUCAGCAUUUUUAACUCGGUCACCAUCACCUAAUGGGGGGGUCACUCAUGAUGAGCCAGAGGAAGAUUCUAUGGAACUGCUUGAAGUGGAGGGUUCCUUAGAUUACUUGUGCAAUCUUUCCCCGCACAGAUAUGAAGCUCUUUAUGAGAAGAUGCUUCCUGUAUCUAUGUUUGGUGAUGCAUUCCUUGGAAAAUACGUAGACCAUCAUGAUCCUGUGACAGUAAUUGACAGAACAUGUAACUAUGGUGUCAAGGCGGCUGCUAAGCAUCCUAUAUAUGAGAACUUUCGUGUCCAGGCAUUUAAAGCGUUGCUAACAUCUGCAACUUCAGAUGAUCAGCUCACAUCUCUGGGAGAACUAUUGUAUCAGUGCCACUAUAGCUAUAGUGCAUGUGGACUAGGCUCAGAUGGAACAGAUAGGCUUGUUGAGCUAGUGCAACAAGUUCAGCAUGGUAAGGCCUCAAAAUCCGCAGAGGGGACUUUAUAUGGUGCAAAAAUCACUGGUGGAGGGUCUGGUGGAACUGUUUGUGUGAUUGGCAGGAAUUCUCUCCGGAGCAGCGAGAAGAUUCUUGAGAUUCAACAGAGAUAUAAGGCAGCAACUGGAUAUUUGCCUAUUAUCUUUGAAGGUUCAUCACCUGGUGCUGGGAAGUUUGGGUAUCUCAGAAUUCGCCGCCGCUGCAUCCCUUCCACUGUCCAAGCAAAGGCUGAUCAUUAAUUUUUAGUAGUCCAUUUGAGAUAUAGAGACCUGCGAAGUGCUACGAUAAAUAUGUAUACAACACAAUUAUUAUUCUAGAUAAUUAUGGGUUUUCUCAUGGUGAUAUGUUCCGUAUUGUUGAUCUUCUUGAAGAAGUUCAACAACUUUGUCAAGGUUUUUCUUCUUGAAGGAGCUAGAACAAUUUCGUACCAUUAUAGUCUGUUCUUGUUCAAAUCCUUGUUUAUGUGAGGAUGAAUAUAUAUCAUCAAGUUUCUAAGAGGCUCAAAUGAGGAAAUUGCCCGAGCAAGAAUGCAAGAUCUCAGAUCAUGAUCUUUAAUACCAUGCCUACUUUAACAAAAGCUUUUUCUCUCAUCCUUCAACAAAAACGGGAAUUUAGAUCCAAUAUUUCCUUCAAAGCCAUCACUACCAGCUCACUCAAUGUCUCAAUGUUGUUACUCAAGUCCAAUAAAAGAAGACUUCAUUUGUCAGAGGUAAUUCUUCCAAUCCUCGUGGAACUUCUCAAACUAAUUGUUGUGGUGGAAGAGGCAGUUGUUACGCUGAUCAAUGUGGGAGAUCAUCAUAUUAGAGACACUUGUUUUCAGAUAUAUGGAUAUCCUCCAUGCUACAAAUCCAAACAACACAACACAUCAAAUCCUUCUUUUUGCUAAUUUGAUCCCCAAUGCAAACUCACGGUCUUAGUGUCCUGCAGUUAAUCUACCUCAAGAACAAUUCGCUUUAUCCAAAGAGCAAUAUCAAGGAAUAAUCUGACACUCACGCUUCUUCGCAUUUUUUUAAUCAAGCUUAUGUUGUCCCUUUGAUUCACCCCGGCAAUCAUUCUCAUUCUCUCAUUUGGAUCAUGGAUUUUGGUGCUACUAUCCACAUCUGUCCAUCUAAACAAUUUUUCUCUACACUUUUGUCACAACUUCUUAGUAAGAAUGAGCUAUAAAGCUAUUGAUGAAUUAUAGGGGUAUCCAAACUAUAAUAAAAUGGAGAGAUUUGAGCUAACGAGAGGAAG